AUGAAAUUCUAUAUUGACGACUUGCCGGUUCUUUUCCCAUAUCCCAAGAUAUACCCAGAACAAUAUCACUAUAUGUGUGAUAUGAAAAAGACUUUAGAUGCUGGUGGUAAUAGUAUAUUGGAAAUGCCUUCGGGUACUGGUAAGACUGUCUCGUUGCUUUCUUUGACGGUUGCUUAUCAGAUGCAUUAUCCAGAACAUAGGAAGAUUAUUUAUUGUUCUCGUACUAUGUCAGAAAUCGAAAAGGCAUUGAUCGAAUUAGAGAAUUUAAUGGAUUAUAGAAGUAGAGAAUUGGGGUAUGCUGAAGAUUUCCGUGGUUUAGGGUUGACAUCCAGAAAGAAUCUAUGUUUACAUCCUCAGGUAAGUAAAGAAAGAAAAGGUACUGUGGUUGAUGAAAAAUGUAGACGUAUGACAAAUGGCCAGGCAAAACGUAAAUUGGAAUCAGAUCCUGAGGCAAAAGUCGAAUUAUGUGAUUAUCAUGAAAACUUGUACGACUUAGAAAUCGAAGAUUAUCUUCCAAAAGGUGUUUAUUCAUUUGAAAGAUUAUUAAAAUAUUGUGAACAAAAGACUUUAUGUCCAUAUUUCAUUGUACGUCGUAUGAUUUCCAUGUGUAAUAUCAUUAUUUAUUCAUAUCACUACCUGUUGGAUCCAAAGAUCGCAGAAAGAGUCUCUAGAGAAGUCUCAAAAGAUAGUAUUGUUAUCUUUGACGAAGCGCAUAAUAUCGAUAACGUUUGUAUUGAAUCUUUGUCAUUAGAUUUAACAAAUGAUAUGUUGAAAAGGGCUACGAAGGGUGCAAACGCUUUGGCCAACAAGAUCGAAGAGGUUCGUGAGGUUGAUUCUCAAAAAUUACAGGAUGAAUAUGAAAAACUAGUUAAAGGCUUACAUACAGCUGAUAUUUUAGAGGAAGAGGAAGAACCAUUAGUGGAGGUUCCAGUAUUAUCACAAGAUUUGUUAACAGAAGCUAUUCCAGGUAAUAUCAGAAGAGCAGAACAUUUUGUAUCUUUCUUAAAGAGAUUAAUUGAAUAUUUAAAAACAAGAAUGAAGGUUUUGCAUGUCAUCUCUGAAACUCCGAAGUCAUUCUUACAACAUUUAAAGCAAUUAACAUUUAUUGAUAGGAAACCUUUGAGAUUUUGUUCGGAAAGAUUAUCUCUGUUAGUGAGAACUUUAGAAGUUUCAGAAAUUGAAGAUUUCAAUGCUUUGAAAGAUAUUGCAACAUUUGCCACAUUGGUUUCUACUUAUGAAGAUGGGUUUUUGUUAAUCAUUGAACCAUAUGAAAUUGAAAAUGCAGCUGUUCCAAAUCCAAUUUUACGUUUCACAUGUUUAGAUGCCUCUAUUGCUAUAAAGCCUGUUUUCGAAAAGUUCUCCUCAGUAAUCAUUACUUCUGGUACUAUUUCGCCUUUGGACAUGUAUCCUAGAAUGUUAAACUUUAAUACAGUCUUGGAAAAAUCUUAUGCGAUGACUUUGACUAAAAAAUCAUUUUUGCCAAUGAUUGUAACUAAAGGUUCAGAUCAAGUUGCUAUUUCAUCUCGUUUUGAAAUUAGAAAUGAUCCAAGUAUUGUGCGUAAUUAUGGUUCUAUGUUGGUAGAAUUUGCUAAGAUUACUCCUGAUGGUAUGGUUGUUUUCUUCCCAUCCUAUUUAUACAUGGAAAGUAUUAUUUCAAUGUGGCAAACUAUGGGUAUAUUAGAUGAAGUUUGGAAACACAAAUUAAUUUUAGUUGAAACACCUGAUGCACAAGAGACAUCUUUAGCGUUAGAGACCUAUAGAAAAGCUUGUUCAAAUGGUAGAGGUGCUAUUUUACUAUCUGUUGCGAGAGGUAAGGUAUCUGAAGGUAUCGAUUUUGACCAUCAUUAUGGUAGAACUGUAUUGAUGAUAGGUAUUCCAUUCCAAUACACAGAAUCUCGUAUUUUAAAGGCUAGACUUGAAUUCUUAAGAGAAAACUAUCAAAUUAGAGAGAAUGACUUUUUAUCUUUUGAUGCUAUGCGUCAUGCUGCUCAAUGUUUGGGUAGAGUUUUAAGAGGUAAAGAUGAUUACGGUGUAAUGGUACUAGCAGAUCGUAGAUUUUCCAGAAGAAGAAACCAAUUGCCUAAAUGGAUAGCUCAAGGAUUAUCCGAUGCUGACUUGAACCUUUCAACAGAUAUGGCUAUUGCAAACACAAAGCAAUUCUUAAGAACUAUGGCCCAACCUACUAAUCCAAAGGAUCAACAAGGUGUCUCUGUCUGGAAUUAUGAAGAGCUAUUACAGCAUCAACAAGAAGUUGAAAGAAAAAAGGGUAACAAUUCUAGAUCUAUUGGAGAUGCAUCAGUCGAAAUUGAUGAUGAUGUAGAAAUGACUUGA